AUGCCGGAGACCACAGUAAGUGACAUAUUCGAUGCCAUGUUCCCCGUCACACACAUCGCAGGAGAAACUGUCAUACAACAGGGUGAUGAAGGAGACAACUUCUAUGUGAUUGACCAAGGCGAGGUGGAUGUUUAUGUCAAUGGGGAGUGGGUCACCAGCAUUGGAGAAGGAGGCAGCUUCGGGGAACUGGCAUUGAUCUAUGGAACACCCCGGGCCGCCACCGUCAAGGCCAAGACAGAUCUCAAGCUCUGGGGCAUCGACAGAGACAGCUACAGACGCAUUUUAAUGGGCAGCACGCUGAGGAAGCGGAAGAUGUAUGAAGAAUUCCUGAGCAAGGUCUCCAUUUUGGAGUCCCUGGACAAAUGGGAGCGGCUGACAGUGGCUGAUGCACUGGAACCUGUCCAGUUUGAAGACGGAGAAAAAAUUGUUGUGCAGGGAGAGCCCGGUGAUGAUUUCUUCAUUAUUACAGAGGGCACGGCUUCUGUUCUGCAGCGCAGGUCUGACAACGAGGAGUACGUCGAAGUUGGAAGACUUGGUCCCUCAGAUUAUUUUGGUGAGAUAGCGUUACUGCUCAAUCGGCCCCGGGCUGCGACAGUGGUGGCACGCGGACCACUGAAGUGUGUAAAGCUGGAUCGGCCCCGCUUCGAACGAGUCCUCGGUCCUUGUUCCGAAAUCCUCAAGAGAAACAUUCAGAGAUACAACAGUUUCAUUUCGCUCACCGUCUAAAUGAUUCCUCCUGGAAAGCUGCCUUUGUGUGACCCUGUGCACUUAAAUUUGCUCUGUGCAGCUCCAUAGCUUUAUGAAGAAAAAAAAAAAAAAAAAAAAGGGGUGCAUUUUAUGUGUAUUUUUUCUGUUGAUGUCACGUACUGGAUGUCAGUUCAGAUCUCAUGUAUCAUGUAAGUGGGAAGACAACUGUUUGGGUAAGACUGGCUUUGGGGAAGAUUAGGCUCUUGGCUUGCAGGCAAGAUUUUUACCUGUUGUUGAAUCAUAUAGCUUAAAACCGUGUUUUUAACUGUUUAAAAUUUAGAUGAAUUUCUAUUUCCCUUAUUAUCUCUGAAGUUGAUCUUAUUCACCUUUUGUCAAG